GAGCAAUCAGGCAGUAUUAUUGACAGCCUACGCAGAGGUCCUUCGCCACACGUUUCAAGAUGGCUGCGUCCAUCGUAAAUUUUUUGAAACCUUGGACACCCAGCGUUUUGGUGGCGAGAUGGACGAGGUACAACCCUUACUACCUGGAGCCAGAACCUCGAAAGGAAGUGUACAGCAUACCUGAAACGGAACUGUCCGAGGAGGAAAUAAAGGAGCGCGAGCUGAAAGCGGUCAGGCCGAUAAAAGCAGCUCCGCCCGGGCUUACCAGCUCCGUUUUCAGCGACCCGAUAAUAAGUAAAUUUGUCAAUAUGAUCAUGCAAGAUGGCAGAAAGGUUCUGGCCAGGAGUAUCAUAACACAGACUCUGGAGGGCAUAAAGAGGAUCCAGGUGGAGAAGUACCACAAAGCCCCCGACGCCCAGAAGCCUGAGAUCGAGUGCAAUCCUCACGCCAUUUUCCACCAGGCCCUGGAGAACUGCAAGCCGGUGGUGGGCCUGAUGACCGUGCAGAGGGGCGGAAAGAACUACCAGGUGCCCACCCCUCUCACGGACAACCGGCGGCGUUUCCUGGCGAUGAAGUGGCUGGUCACCGAGUGCCGGGACGGCAAGCACCGGCGCACGCUCAUGCACGAGAAGCUGAGCCAGGAGCUGCUGGACGCCUUCGCCAACAAGGGCAAGGUGGUGAAGAAGAAGCACGACCUGCACAAGAUGGCGGAGGCCAACCGAGCGUUCGCACACUACCGCUGGUGGUAAAAAAACAAAAAAACAAAAACAAACCACGCUUCAUUUUGCUUGUUGUUACAGUAAUGAUGGUUGGCCCUAGGGGAUUGGGUGUUACUGAAGUGUAAUUGCUUGGGAAAGGCGGGGGGGGGGUCCUCGAUCUCUGUUGUGGAGCAAGGUUGACGUAAUGGUUGGGCCCCAUUCUAAAGGACACGGAAUGGAGGACUUCAUAUGAGGAUUAUACUUAUUGUAAUGUAUAUAAAUAUUGAAUAAAUUGGACAUUGCAUUGUUUUCUUAUGAUUGUAUGAUAUGCCAGAGUAAUUAAAUAUGACUUUCUACAGUGUCA